UGCGCAGGAAGAAACCCCCGGGUAGGUCGCAGCGCAGAGUACCAUCAGGUCAAAACAUCAAACUCGCUAUCAAUUGCACGAUCUGAAUACGAUGCAAUACGAACCGAAAAUAUCGUGUAACUGAAGCUGUGACGAGUUUUGGAAUCGCUAUUACCAGGUAGUAAACUCUCAUGUCCCCAAAUUUCGGAUCAACCCCUGAUAUUUGGGGGUUACAUGCAGAUGCAGUGCAGGUAGCAUCACAGCUACUACAGCCCAGGGGCACCAGCGUAGGAUAUAACAUAAAGGGGAGAGGGGCAGCAUAGCAUCACUGGUGCCUAAGUACCAGAAGCGAAAAUAUAAUGACUACCUUAGGUACUUAUGGUUCUGGGUUGCUACAUAGGUAGUUCGUCUUGCUAGGUUCUCGCAGAACUGCCGCCGUCGCUAAGAAGAAAGAUGUACUCGACGAUGGAGGUUGCGCCGAGCACCGCGCCGGAGUUCAGUAGCGCGGAUUCUUCGGCGCCCGAGGUAGCUCCCGAGACUUACCAUCAUCCACAGUACUACCAAUGUAAGGACUACUAUACCGCGUCGCAGCAAUCACCACCGCAGCUUAAUAGCCCGCCAUCACCACCGGGCCAGGCCGAGAUAGCCGGCUUGAAAAAACCCACGUUCUGGUUGUUGGUCGCUUUGUUCUCGGCCGUGGCGCUGGCGCUUGGGUUAGGCACGGGGUUGGGGUUGGGACUGAGGAAUAAUGGUGUUGUUGAUAAUAAAGGGGCUUCUGCGGAUAACGAAGCUAUAACCAACGGCGCUACUUCGUCGUCGCCUACGAGAAGUGAAUCGACUACGAGCACGAGUACAGGCACCAGCACUACGGGGACUACGAAAAGCAGCAGCAGCAACACACCGGUCGUCGCGGUGCCGACACCGACGGUCUUCGUGGACUCCGGGUGUCCCGACCGCAGCGGCGGCGCGAUAUCCGGGAAGAACCGGAGCUACGACGUGUACUGCGACAGCGACCUGACGGGGACGGACCAGGCGUCGCUGGUGGUGAACUCGCUCGAGGAAUGUCUCGCGCUUUGCGACUCGCUGAACUGGACGCAGAAGCGCGGCGAUGUCGGCUGUGUCUGGAACGAGAAAGGGGUCGUGGGGCAGAAGAAGGGGACGUGUUGGUGCAAGGGCGGGGAUAGCAUCAAGGUCACCUCGCUGGCGGGAAUCGUGGUUGCGAGUCCGGCUCCGUGAGAUUCGGUUAUGUUAUGCUUAAUGUAUUGUACCUGAUUUUGAAUUUGUAUAGUACGGUGGCUGCUUGCUGUAGGUUGUUUGGGUGUAGGUACUACUGGAGUUUGGUAUAAAUGAUUGGUUGAUAAGAGCGUUGCUAGCCUUACCUCAGGUACUUGCUUGUACAUAGUACGUACCUAAAAAAAACUGUUAGUUACGUCAGAUUUUCUAGCGAUAAGAUAAGGAAUAAUUAGGUACUUUAGUGGAU